AUUGGUCCAGCUGUCUUAGUGUGUGUGAAAAUUGUCUGCCACCGGUUACAUUUACUAAUGUUGUGAAUGUUUUAUCUAUCUAUUAUCGUAAUUUAAGAACUUUGCUGUUGUGUUUGUGUGGUGGAGAUUAAUGUGACUUGGUUAUAAUUUAAAACAAUGUUUUUGUGUAUUAAUGCAAGUGCUGCUUUUCUGCUGAUUCUGCUGAGCCUGUCAGGAUUCAGUGAUGGAGCCACAACUACAACUUCCUUCCUCUCGUCUUCGGAGAAGAGUCGGCUUCAUGACGUGUUCAGAAGUGCUCUCGAUCCAUUCUCUGACCUUGGCGCUGCAUACUACGCAGUGUUCGGCUUGAAGUUACAAGGGGCUUCAGUUCCCCAGAAUGACAACACUUUUUGUCAGUCCAUACUUGAAAAAAUGAAAAAAGACAAUUACGAGUCUGUAUUCUACUCAUCUGGAUUAUGGAAAGGUACAGGUUGCAAAGGACAACUGGACAACAAGGCACACAUUCGGCAACUGGUGGAAGACUUGAAGCAGGAUAAGCUGAGUGUGGUGGACAUGUAUUACGCUGUCAAGAGUGUUGUGGACUUUGGGGAAAAACUGGCAAACACACCUCAGAUCAUGAAGAACCUGCAGGCUGCACUCAAGAAAGACGAUAGCAUCUCAAGCCUUGGCCAUGCAUUCCACAUCGCAGCCGUGGUGGGUGGUGACGUGACACCAAUCUUCAACCGCAUUGAAGACGCAGUAGUCCAGGCUGACGAGGUGGACGGCAAGUUUCUGCAGUUUGAAGGAGGCCUCAGUAUCACUGGCCUAAUUGUGAGUGGAGCGUACAGACUAGCCAGUGUUGCCAACAAGCCCCCGCCUAUCUCCGCAGAACAAGCGGUGAAGUUCGCCAACUACUUUCUCAGCCGCAGAUCUGUCCAGACUGCCAAGGGGGCCUACUACCUGUUGGACGUCUUGAAAAUCUUUACUGACAAUAAGUACCACAUCCCUGUAGUGGUGAGCCUGUCGGGUCCUGGCGUGGUGUCCCAGGAACGACCCAAGGUGUCCGUCAAGGUGUCUAACCUGCUCGGCGAGUCUCUACCGUUCGGUGCAAUGUCCGUCACUGUCGAGUCGGCCACCAGGAGUGCUGACGAUGUUGUCGUCCUGUCCAAGAAGAAGUUUGAAUCUGGAACUGAUCCGUCUGUAUUCAGCGUGAACCUGAUGGAAGCUAAGCCUGAACCGGGUCUGUACAAGCUAUCGGUGAGUGCUCAGCCAGCGAAGACAGAGCCCAGACUGGUGGGCAACCUGGGCGUCGUCCUCCCACUCAGGGUCAUGUGCACCGUGGCAGUCGACAACUUCGAGAUCGGCGUGGGAGACUCGGACCAGACCACCCAGCCCAAGUUUGACAAGGUGUUGUUCCCCUCGAAGCUGGGUCACGUGCUGGAAGUGGACUCUCAGCAGAAGUUGGUGGCCAGAUUUGUGUUGAGAGACAAGGCCAGCAACAAGCCUCUCACCGUCCACCAGGCCUUCUUGCGUUUUGAACACAAGGCCUCCAACCGUGAGAUCCUGUUCGUAGCUGAUCAAGACCCCAACACCCUGGGUUACCGGUUUGAUCUGGACAUCGGAGGCAAGGCACAAGAGUUCGGACAGUUGUCCGGAGUGUACUCUCUGCACCUCAUCGUGGGGGAUGUGAUUCUCUCCAACUCCUUCUCGUGGCUGUUGGCUGAUGUAAGGCUGAAACUGGCUCUGGACGCGUCUCAGACUCCCACCGCCACCACCAUUUAUCAGCCAAAGCCUGAGAUUAAGCAUUUAUUCAGAGAGCCGGAAAGACGUCCUCCUGUUGCUUUUUCUACAUUUUUCACUGGUCUCGUUGCCGUUCCUUUCCUCAUACUUCUAAUUUUGUGGGCUAAGCUCGGAGUGAACAUCUCAAACUUCCCAUUCUCAUUGUCAGCCCUUGGGUUCCACCUCGGUCUGGGAGCGAUCUUCACCCUGUUCGGGUUCUUCUGGCUGCAACUGAACAUGUUCCAGACCCUGAAGUACCUGAUGGGGCUCGGCGUCGUCACCUUCCUCUGUGGCAACCAACUGCUGGCGAGGAUCGCAGCAAAUCGCAAGAAACAGAGCCACUAACGUCAGUCAUUCCACCUCACUGUUCUUGCAUCAAGAAUACUGAUCCUGUUCAGCGGAAAUAUCACACACUCUUGUUCUGUUUCAGUCGGGUUAAUGUUACGUAGGAGAAGUGAAUUUGCAUUUAGUCUUUUCCAUUGUGUCCGUUAUAGUUUUUCUUUAGCAUUGAAUUAAUUUUUUCGAUAUCACCAGAAUUUGUAAGGUUCAAUCUUAACUUUGUAUUUGAAGACUGAGAUUAUUACUCUAUAGUUUUAAUUUUAAGGUGAACACAUAGAUAUGUAGUGAAUAUUGAUGAAUAAAAUAUUUAUUGUCAAGUUUAAUUGCAACAUUUGGUGGGAUGCAGAUUGUGAGUAUUUUUUACUGUUAUCAAUAUUCUCAGGGUGAAUGAGUUAGUGUGAAUACAUUUUCUAAGAUAAAAUAAAUGAGAUAACAAAAACCGUA